GGGGGACAGUAGUUGUAGACGCCCGCCCCUGCCUCAAAGAAGCUCCCCAGUUUCGCAGUCUCACGGUUGGGGAAAGUUCAUGCUAGGAAACUGAAGCAGUUAAUGGGUGAAUAUGAUCAGAUUUCUCCACCAAGUACUCAGCCUGGUAAGGAGAAUCCCUUGUUGUCAACCUGAUGAAGCAUUCAAAGAAGACAUAUGACUCUUUUCAAGAUGAACUUGAAGAUUAUAUCAGAGUGCAGAAAGCCAGAGGCUUAGAACCAAAGACUUGUUUCAGAGAGAUGAGAGAGGACUAUUUGGAAACCUGUAGGUACAAAGAAGAGAUUGAUUUCAGACCCAGAUAUAGAAUGUUUGAUCAAAGACUCCCAUCUGAAACCAUCCAGACCCACGCAAGAUCAUACAGUAUUUCACAGAGAGUGGAAAACCAGUUACCUCGGUGGCCACCAGCUCAUGACAGCAGGCUGAGACUAGACUCCCCGAGCUACUGUCAAUUCACCAGGGACUAUUUCUCAGAAAAACCAGUACCCCUGAACCUUAGUCAGCAAGAGUAUAAUUAUAGCUCAUACAAUGUAGAAUCUAGAGUUUACAAGCACGUCUCAGAAAACAGUACCAGUGCCCAUAAAGCCAGUCAUAAAUGGAUACAUCAGAAGAGAAAAAGGCACCUGGAAGAAGGCAGAGAAAAAUCAGAGGAGAAGCAGACCAAGCAUAAGAAGAAAAAGGGUUGUGAGGAAAUAGAUUUAGACAAACACAAGAGCAUCCAAAAUAACAAAACAGAGGUGGAAACAGUCAGGAUUGGUACAGAAAAGCUUAAGAGUCAAAGGGAGAAAAAAAGACGAGAUGUAGCCUCUAAGAAAGAGGAUCGUAAGCGUAGAAAAGAGAAAAAGGAACAAGGCGAAGAAAGGACAGAGGAGGAAAUGCUCUGGGACCAGUCUAUCCUUGGAUUUUGAAGCUCUUGGGUUGAUUCUCCUGAGGUUAAACUGAAAACUCACUGAGGAGCUUGGUUUCAUGAUGUUCAUGUUCAUAGCACUUUUCUCAUGUAAGCAGGUACUUUAACUUCUAACAAAGGCCAAGUGAACAGAAAGUAUUUAGGCCCAGGCUGGGUAGCAGGUUGUUGGAGCGUUGUCCCGAUAUGCCCAGCUUGUGGGUUUGAUCCCCAGUCAGGGCACAUGCAAGAAGCAACCAGUGAA